CCGCCGCGCCAUGCCGCCCGGACCCGCCGCCGCCCUGGGCACCGCGCUGCUGCUGCUCCUGCUGGCCUCCGAGUCGGCGCACACCGUGAUGCUGCGGGCGCGCGAGGCGGCGCAGUUCCUGAGGCCCAGGCAGCGCCGCGCCUACCAGGUCUUCGAGGAGGCCAAGCAGGGCCACCUGGAGAGGGAGUGCGUGGAGGAGAUGUGCAGCCGGGAGGAGGCCCGCGAGGUGUUCGAGAACGACCCCGAGACGGAGUACUUUUAUCCAAGGUACUUGGAAUGCAUCAAUGAACAUGGAUCUCCGUACAGAAAGAACCCAGCUUUCGUCACCUGUGUGCAAAAGCUGCCUGACCAGUGCUCUCCAGACCCCUGUGAUAAGAAAGGGACCCAAGUCUGCCAGGACCUCAUGGGCAACUUCUAUUGCCAGUGCAGAGACGGCUGGGCAGGGCGACUUUGCAGCAGAGAUGUCGAUGAGUGCAGCCAGCAGAACGGGGGUUGCAGCCAAAUAUGCCACAACCAGCCGGGCAGCUUCCAGUGUGCCUGCCACGGGGGCUACACGCUCUCCCCAGACCGUCGGACCUGCCACGACGUAGACGAAUGUGUGGACGCGGGCGCCUGUGGGGCGGCGCGGUGCCAGAAUCUGCCAGGCUCCUACUCCUGCAUCUGCGACGAGGGCUACGUGUUCAGCUUGCAGGAGAAGGGCUGCCGAGACAUGGACGAGUGCGCAGAGCAGCGCUGUGAGCAGGCCUGCGUCAACUCCCCUGGGAGCUACACCUGCCACUGCGACGGGCGCGGGGGCCUGAAGCUGUCCCAGGACAUGAGCACGUGCGAGGACAUCCUGCCCUGCGUCCCCUUCAACGUGGCCAAGAGCGUGAACUCCCUGUACCUGGGCCGCAUGUUCAGUGCAAUGCCCGUGAUCAAACUGCUCUUCAAACGGCUGCAGCCCACGAGACUGGUGGCUGAGUUCGACUUCAGGACCUUCGACCCCGAGGGCAUCCUGUUCUUCGCUGGAGGCCACCAGGACAGCACCUGGAUCGUGCUGGGCCUGCGGGCUGGCCGGCUGGAGCUGCAGCUCCGCUACCAGGGCGUGGGCCGCGUCACCAGCAGCGGGCCCGUCAUCAACCAUGGCUCAUGGCAGACGAUCUCUGUUGAGGAGCUCGAGCGGAACCUGGUAAUCAAGGUGAACAAGGACGAUGUGAUGAAGAUCGCUGUGGCCGGGGACCUGUUCCAGCUGGACAGAGGACUGUACCAUCUGAACCUGACCGUGGGGGGCAUCCCCUUCCAGGAGAAAGACCUCGUGCAUCCUAUGAACCCGCGUCUGGACGGCUGCCUGAGGAGCUGGCACUGGCUGGAUGGUGAGGACACCGCCGUCCAGGACACGGUCAAGGCGAACGUCAAGAUGCAGUGCUUCUCCGCGGCCGGGAGGGGGUCCUUCUUCCCCGGGAGCGGGCUUGCCUUCUUCCACCUGGAUUACGCGCGGACGUCCCCGGCCGGCGGGAUGAAGACCACCUGGGCAGUGGAGGCCGUGGCUCGGGUCCGCCCCGCCGCGGACACCGGGGUGCUGUUCGCGCUGGUGGGCCCCCGCCAGGCCGUGGCCCUCUCCGUGGCGCUGGUCGACUACCACUCCACCAAGAAGCUCAAGAAGCAGCUGGUCGUCCUGGCCGUGGAGGGCGUCACCUUGGUCCUGAUGGAGAUCAAGGUCUGCGACGGCCAGGAGCACGUGGUGACCAUCUCUGUGAAUAAGGACAGAGCCACGCUGGAGGUGGAUGGUACCCAGGGCCAGAGUGAAGUGAGCCCAGCCGGGCUGCAGGAGCAGCUGGCCGUCCUCGGGAGACACCUGGAGGGCUCCGUGCGCACCUUCAUCGGGGGGCUGCCAGAUGUGCCCGUGACCUCGGCUCCGGUCACGGCCUUCUACCGCGGCUGCAUGACGCUGGAGGUCAACCGGAAGGCGCUGGACCUGGACGAGGCCGCCUACAAGCACAGCGACAUCACGUCCCACUCCUGCCCUCCCGUCGAGCCCGCCGCCUAGGCUUCCGGGCCGCAGACGCCCCGCCCCACGCACGCCGCAGCCUCCGCUGGACCGGGAAGCACGGCGGCCGCGCCCGCGCCCGCGCCGGAGACACUGAGCCCUCGCCCGCCCGCCGAGCCCCUCGGGGCCUCCCUCCCCGCCUGUAACAUACGUGUACAUAGAGGACUAACCUCCGCGCCGCCUGAGCGGACCCGGGAAAAGAAUUCUGUUAUUUUUAUCACCAGCUGCUUCUUUCUGACUCAAAACUAUGGAAAAAUAAAAUAUUUACAGAAC